UGUACCCUUCGCGAAUUCCACCCAUUAAUGAUAACGUUUAUUCUGUAGUACCAUUAUCCAGCGUCUUUGCAAAGGCCAGCAGUUUGGGUGUACUUUUCCUCAUUUGCAGAGCGUCGUGAAGCGCUUCGGGCUACCCGAGAUCCAAGGCAAUUAUGGAAAAAGUCGACCUAUGCGAAGAAGUGAAACUGACAGAGGAGGUGGAGAGUGCCUACAACCAGGUUGAAGUAUUUUCCCCCAAGAAACGAAAGCGCAAAAGUCAGGAAGAGGGUGAAGUGAAGCCAAAAAAGCCCAGGUCUGCGUACCUACUGUACUACUUCGAUGUCCAUCAGAUUAUGCAACAGGAGAAACCCAAUCAGCCACAAUCUGAGAUCAACAAGCGAAUCAGUGAGAGCUGGAAAAGGCUCAGUGUGGCAGAGAAACGCUACUAUCUGGAAAAGGCCAACUCGGAGAAGGAGGGCACUGAUACCUUGCCAUCUCUCAGCCCAUCUAAAGACCUCCCAGGCUUCCGUAAGAUCCUACCUAGAGCUAGUUAUUUUCUUUUGGCUGAUGACCUACAGGUGGGAGGGUCUCUGGCAGAGCGUCUCAAUGAUCAGUUUGAUGGAAAUGUGUCCCUUCCUACUUUGACUCAAGAGCUGAAAAAGGCCCAGAUGCUUGGCCUGGGUUGCAAAGUGGAUGUUUCUAAGAGAUGUCUGGGUAAACCUGGGAAUUCUGGAGAGAUGUCAUUUUCUGCAACAACCCAAGAAUCCGCAUCUUCCUCUUCAUUAAUUACAUCCGUCCCUCCAACUUCCGACGAUAUCUCUUUCUCACUGAGCCCUGCGGAUGCUCCAGCAAACUGUGUUGACAUGAAAGAAUGUGAGAUCAGACAUGCUGCUGGUGUUAAUGGUGGCGUGACAGUGCAUCAAAGCCAAGGAGAAACCACACAGAUGGUUGCCAUCCUCCCCAACCAGAACAUGCUUGAGCCUAAAUCUUUGGCAGGUGUCAACCCUUUGGGCCCCCUAAUGAUGGUCUCUGUGGCACCUAGAGAAGAGCCGUCAUAUAAGAUGGGUGUGAAAACAUACACUAGAAGAGGUCGUGGGAAGUGUCUAAAUCCUCAGUGUUCUUUUAUGUACGUCACACGACACAAGCCAACAAAAUGCCCUGAAUGUGGAAGCCACCUUGGCGGCAAAUGGAUACCUGCAGCAAAGAAAACCCAGCAGAAAAAUGUGCAAGAUUCCAAGCUGGUGUCUGAAGUCAAGGCUGCUUCAUCCUACCAGCACACGGCGCAAGAGGAAAAUGCUGAUUUUGUUAAAACGAAAUCCAGUGAGGGCAAAAAAGAAGGGCAUAGGGUCUUGAAAAAGAUAAAAGCAAUUCUGGGUGAGGUGCCAACAGAGGGCAGCAGCAAGUCACCAGAUAAAACCCUCUGCGUGUCUGUCCAGCCACUAAUAAAGCACGUGAAAGAAAUAGCCCUCAAAAGAAAGAGCAUGUCCAAUCUUCAGGGGAGGCCUGUAAGACCCAUCUUACCUUCUUAUUGUAGCACAGGUCCUGCUUUGUUUCAGAUCCUUACUGUCCCAACUGCAAACCGAAAAAUUCCGACAGGAAACAACAAAUCACCUUCUGAGCCACGAGAGAGAUUCUUGGGUCUCAAAGCUGGAACCUUAAAACAGCUUGGCCGAGAAGUCCUAUCCAAGGAGGAGUCUUUUGUCACAACAAGUCAGCUUGUUUCCUCCCCAUCUGAUAAUAUGACCAUUGUGUCAGUUGUGCCUUUCAAUCAUGCGGGAGUUGACAGCUUUAAACUGGGACUGUCAACUGCGAGAGGCAGAGGUCACUGUAAGAACACACUGUGUGACUACAUGUAUAAGAACAGACACAAACCUUCAGUGUGCCCUAAAUGUGGUUGUAAGCUGACCCGAGGGAAGCCAAAGGAAUCUAAGAGGUCGGAUCGAUUGGUGGAUCCAUACCUGCCUUUGAGUCCUGCUCAGAAAGACAUCCAGCGGCAAUCCACCCUCCAGCUGAUUCGCCGUAGCCUGCAGAUUCCAGAGAGCGAGGCUGAGCUCCAGGAAACGCUUGCUCUCAUCCAAAAUCUGAACAGUCUUCAAAUUGUCUUGGUCCAGACGGGGGAGCCAAAGCAUGAUGGGACCGUGGAGACCGAGACUCUGGUGGAGUCUGGGUGGCCUCAGUUCUAUGAAUCCUCAGCAACUCAAUGUGUCCUAUGUAAAAAGCCUCUUUACAAAGGAGAUCAGAGUACAAUAGCAGGACAGGAGGACUGUUGGCUGCUGACUGAAGUGCUGAUCCAGACGGCGUCGCUCCAUCUUAAAGUGUGUCUCAGUGCUCAGUGUCUUGCUCUGCACUGCUUCACUGACCUGCAUCCAGGUUUAUUCAAUAUUGGAAACAAACUACUGGUUAGUAUUGAUCUUUUACUGAAGAUAAGAGCCAAAAUCAAACUGGGCCACCCACCCUCUCUGGCGAUCAGGACCUUAUUGGACCAUGUCUCCAAUCACCCUGUCCAUACGCUGUGCCCAGAGGAGAUUUCCCAAAUUCAAGAGUUUCUCCUAAUAGGUUACUGGGCCUUCGAGAGCCUAACACAGCGAGACUAUAACGAUAUGAUUUGUGGCAUUUGUGGUGUCGCUCCCAAGUUGGAGAUUGCCAGGCGAUACUCAAAGAGUGUGCUUGAGCUCAAGAAUGUGGAGUUCACCUGGCCUGAGUCUUCAGUGUCAGACGAAGUAAAUGUGGAUGAUUUCUGGCUGACCAUGGAGACUGAGGCCAUUGAGCAGGCUGCUUUCCCCACAGACAUCCCCAUCACCCGGGUGGACGCCUCAGUUAUUGCGCCCUUCAUCCCUCCACUCAUGAGGAGCUCCACUGUUAUUAACACAGAGAAGGACAAACUCAUGUCACACAAAGACCAUCCCCCAGGAGCGGCGUCGGUUCUGGUGCGGCUCAUUCACAAUGGUGAGUUGAGACUGGACAAGAUUGAAGACCACAGCGAGGAUGAACUGAGAAAUAUUCUUCAGCGUUGUGGGGGGAGCGUCACUCCAUGCUCCACUAAGGAUGACCUGUUGAGUUCUCUGAUCUCCAUGUGCACGCUUGUUCAUAGUGGCCUCCCCACAGGCCCCCAGCCAGCUGAGAACCUCACUGCCGGGAAGCUGUCCAUAGUCUGCCCCCAUAAGAUUGUUUGCAGCUCCAAAUACUUGGUGAGAGGAGAGACGGCCAGGGACCACGUGGAUCUCCUGGUGUCCUCCCGUUACUGGCCUCCGGUCUACGUUGGCGACUGCGCUCGACAAGUGGCGCUUUGUACAGACAUGCAGUACCCAGAAAUGGCUGCCAGAAUGUGGGGCAGAAAUCAGGGCUGUUUCUCAGAGCCUUUUGAUAAGCCAGAGUUUGUGUCAUGCGGCGAGCUGCGCGAGAAGCUGUGCAAUGCCGAACUCUCUACGUCGGGGCACGACGAGCAUGUUCACCCCGUCACUAAAUCUUCUUCUUGUUGGCUCGUACAUCCUCCCGGUUCGUCUACAAGCCACGAGACUGCUGUUCCGGAACACCACUCAAUGGGUUUGUGCAAAGACCUGGAGCAUCUUAUAAGCACUGUGACUCAAAUUGACAAGGAAGACAUUGAGGAGCAAAAGCAAAUGGUGGAGGAUGAAAAAGAGGACCAUCAGAGUUCAGUGAACUCUUUGAGGAAACAACGUGUGCUUUUCAACAACCCGGCGCAUUACUACCUCUACAACCGUCUGCUAGAUUUUCUCUCUAGUCGGGACAUCGUGAGUGAGCAGAUCGACCAAGUGCUGAAGGUCUGCCAGCCCGGGGAAGUCAUCAUCCGGGAUGCAUUGUACCGCCUCGGAGUGGCGAACAUCAACCUGGAGAGGGAGGAAGGCAAAAAAAUUGAGGUGGAGGAACUGAAACAAGGGACAGAGACAGCGUAUGAAGUGGUUUUGCCUGAAUGAAAACAGCUAUUUGGCAAAACCUGAUUCAGUGCAGUUCUCACAAAAUGUUGGUCUUUUGGGUGAAAUUUUGCCCGAAAUGAUAAUUGAAUGGACAUGGCUUUAAACAGAAUGUUCUCAGAGGGACGUGGCCACUGAGCUUUGAUUACCACACAGUGUCAUCAGUAGUGUGUAACAGACCGAAGCGUUACAGAAAGGCAGAGAAGUGAAAAAUCCUAGGAAAUGACUAAUUCUUCAGUUGUGAAUACUGUAUUACCAUUGACUUCUGGGUGAGAAAAUCACAAGCAAUGCCAAAUGUACUGAAAAUGUGAACAGGUGGACAUGUGCAUUCAAACAUUGAGAGAAAGUCAAAUUGAAGAUCAGAUAACGUGGGUUUUAUGACACUUGGUUAAAAUUCAUAUUUGCAUUGUUAAUGUUUUGCAAUACGCACAUCAUGUACAGUGAGUUGUUCACCAACAGCCUAAAAAGGAGGUCUUAAUGGGCACUCCCAAAUGUGCCCAAUUUUGGGACAUCCUAUGUGUAUCUGACCACCGCAAGGACUAUGGGAAGGGAUGUAAAUGUUUGUCAAGUAGUACUAUCCUACAUUUACUCUGAUGGAAAGAUGUGAUUUGGAAUACCAGCAGGAUUGCGAUUUAUAGAGGCAGGAGCUGUCAGAAACUCGAAACACAUUUGAGCCAAUCAGGAGGCCAGAGCCUAUUUUGGACAGGCGCUACCGGCUUCAUCUAACAGCUGCAAAACAGAUGGGAGGUGCUCACUAUUUUUUGACGUGGCAUUCUGGUGCGGCCAAUGACGUAGAAUAAAAACUGGAAUGCGCACCCUGCAUCCAUCAUUGGUUCCGCCAUGGCCAACAGCCUCUGAGUUCUGGUCAGGGCAAAAAGUAUGGUAAACAUACACACGUUAUGGAAAACGAUGCAAUAAACAUAAGAAUUAAUUAUAAAGGUUAAGAUGAAAUACACUUACUUGUGAAAAGUUACUUCCUUGCCUACGCCUACACGGUUUUGACAGCCAACGGCGCAACCAAAAAGCUAAACCUAACGUAUUCCAAUGAAAUUCAAUGUUAUUAUGUGUCACAAUGUACAAUUGUAAGGAUGUCAAAGGACGUCAACAUUCACGUGAAAUAGUACCCAAAGCAAUGUUUUACCCUGACUGGGAGUUGACAACGUAAAAGGGGCCUGUGCGCAGUCCAGGUUUUAUUCUACGCCAUUGGGUGCGACACUAAGGACCUCCAUAGUGCCGCAAAGCAUUCUGGGAGCAUGUAAAUGACUUUUAAUGUCAAUGUUUUGUGUGAAAUGUUUUUUUGGGAUUCAUUCUUUUAUUUGUUUUAUUGUUUGCUACCGUAAUUCCUGGCCGAGAGAGCGCACCUGGUUAUAAGCCUCACCCAAUACAUUCUUAAAGGAAAUACCAUUUGGUACAUACAUACGCCGCAGCUGUGUAAUAGCCGCAGGUGCCCACAUUGAAACCCACGUUGAAACACAAGAUAUUUACAAAGAAAGACGGCACACAGAGAGUUUAAUGCUUGCACCGCUGUGCUAACAGGACCGGUUUAAAAAAAAAAAAAAUAAAAAAAUAAAAAUGUCUGAGACACAGCAGUAACACGCUAGCGCAGCACUAACAGGGCCGGACCGGUAAAAGUCACUUCCUCGGCAAAUAUAUUCCACCGGUCUCGCUCUUACCUUUUCCGCUGGAGUGCCCCCUUGCGGCCGUUAGAAAAAAUGCACAAAUUACCCGCAUCACCGCAUAACUCCAGGGUUGGAAGCGUGUAGAAAAAUGUCGCAGGUUAUUGGCCGGAAAUUACGGUAGUUAUGCUAUUUUGUUUGCUGUGCUGUGAUCAUUUUAGUUUCUGUCAGUAAUGCAGUGCCUACACUGGCAAUGUGUGGGGCAAUACAUACAAUACUUCUUCUGCUGAUAGAUGUGAAAUGCAAAUGUUCCUCACUGCCUCAUGAGCACCAUCAUAUGGUAGCUUACAUGCACUCUAAAACAGUUGCAGUGAAACCAGUGUGUUUGAAUGUAUUUUUCUGGACAAGUCACACAACAACAUUUGCAAACGGAACUAGGUGUGCACACGAGGUGCGCUACGUUGUAAGGUGCCAUGUCUGAUGUGGCGCCUCAUCUAUUGAGAAGAGAAUUUUAAGACUUCUACGAUUGUGAAAAUACCGUGAAUAUGCGUGGCUGCGAGCGGUGAAGCGUGAAUGGGCAAAGGCACAUUGUAUAUGUAUACAUAGAUAUGCUAUAUCAAUGUAUAAUGUCAUUUCCACCUGCAGGCAGUAGUAAACAAAAAGUCAUUGAGUCAGGAGCAAUCAGCUGUGCAUGAAAGCUAAAAAAAUACGCUGAUUUGGUUUGAACAAAUAAUUCCUUGCUCAGCGCAUAAUCACUACUUGGGUUGGGGUGUCAAAAAUAUAGAAAUGGCAUUGUCCAAAUUGAAAAUUUCUGUUCCCAUUUUCGCUCCCUACAUUUCACUGACCCUGAAGAAGAAAGUGAUGUAAAACAAUGAAGAAAAUCUUCACCGUCGGCGGUUUCAGGCUGCCUGGAACUUUGCCAGUUUAUCCAAUAGUUUAUGAUAAGGGAAGGACCUAAAUUCCAAAACACAGACACGUUCUGAAUUGUAUUUAGUGAUUAUACUGUAUAUAAUCAUAUAAUCACCUUGAGAAUAUAGUUUGUAAAGGAGUUGUACAGGUAUUAAGAUUAUUAUUAUUAUUUUUAAAAAAUCUUUACACUCUGAGCCUUUAGUUCACAUAUAAGGCUUGUUAUGAAUUUUAGAGCUAUCCAGAGUUUCCACCCAAAAGUCCAUUCCCCCUAUUUUUAAAAGCUGCUGUGUAAAAAUAUGAAUAUAUCUAAAUUUGAUUGCAUUGUUUACUUAAAAAAAAAAGACAAUAUUCCACAUUUAAGAAUGCACGGUAGAAUAGACUUGUCAAUAACCAGGGAGCAUUAAUCUUUUUAAGAGUUUUCUCAAAAAGUUGGCUGUGAUUUGUUGAACAUAAAUAAAUAAUAUAAAGAAAUGAAGUGAUUCUUUGCAUUUUAAUGCACAAGUGAUCUAUACAUAUCACUCCAUCCAUCAAAAAUGGAUUCAUUUAAACAAAAGUAUUUUCUUUCGUAUUUGCCGUUUGUCAGUUUGUGAAUGUUUUCAAUGAAAAGCAAAAUAGAAAGAAAUGGCCUAAAUGUUCCUUUGGCCUUGUAGGGCAGCGUGGUUCAUUUAAAAAUUCUAUUCUUAAUGUUUAAAUGUGAUCUUAUUUAUACACACGUGUAUCUCGUAUGAGGACUACUAUACCUUUUUAUUGCGGCAUAAAACGUAAGAUGAUUAACUGGAUACUAUGUGUUACCAAAAAAUAAAAAGGUAAGCACCAUGUUACAUUUGGCUUGCUAAGGAGUCGAAAAUCUUCCUCCUGUGGACUUUCUUUGUGCAAUUGUGGAAAUAUUCAAAAGUUUGAGACCAUGCAAUCGAAUACAGUAUAUAAUGUCAAUAUUUUAUUACCCUUUUAAAAAAUCCCUAGCAAGUACGGCAUGAGGUGUCACCAGAACCUGUCGAAGUUCCCAGGACACAAUUUACUUUCAUGUUGUUAAUGGGUUCAAUGUCAAGGCUAUGUGUGAUGCAUUCAAGUGUACUAUUUUUAAAGCGAUAUUCGGCAUGUUAUCUUCAUGUGGAAGAAAAAAUAUUUUUUCCCUUCAAAUUUUGAGUUACAGUGUCUAUUGAAUAGUGUAUCUAUAUUUAUCGAUAUGUAUCUGUAGUGUAUAAGUACAGGUCCUUAAGUUGUGUUUGUGCACUCACAUAUUUUGUGUGUGUGUCUGUGUGUUCACAGCACCUCUGCAAGUCAGGCAUGGUACCAGUUACAGACCAAAUGAAGUACUUUCUUGUACAUUAUGAUACUGGCUGGAUAUUACAAGGUACAUGCACAUCUAUACAUAAAAUGACUGCUGUAGUCCACUCGAGUAGUAAGGGGUUAAAUUAAUGGUUUAACUACUAUGACUAAUGCAUACGUACGAUUGUCAGUGUUAAGUAAAAAAGACUUGGAUUUACAACUAAAUUCUACAAAUUAACAGAUAGAACUCAUAAAAUAUGAAAUACUGAAAAUAUAUUUCCAGUCUUGUCAUGUGCUAUUUGCGACACAAAUCCAUAU